AUGGAGGGCUUGUAUCAGGAUCUACCCAAAUCGUUGCAGUUCCUGAGGUGGUGGCAAUGUCCGUUGAAAUCAUUGCCAACCAUCGACUUUGAUGUUGUGAACAUUGUAGUGCUCGACCUGACAGAGAGCAUCAUAGAGGAGUUUCUAGGUCCAAGUGUGACUAGUAGUUUGCCCCAGGAGGCGAACUACUCGCGGACCUUCAGCCAAUUGAAAGUCCUUAUUCUCAAGAAUUGCAAGAACCUCAAGAGCACCCCCCAUUUUAGGCUGAUUGCAAAUGCAACCAAAUUGAACAUACCUGAUAGCAUCUGUCGCCUAAGUUCUUUGGAGAAGCUCGUCCUUCGCUCGUGUUGGUCGCUAGAAGAACUCCCAGAAGAGAUUGGCAGGUUGACGUCUUUAAAGGUGCUCCAAUUAAGCCAAGGGUAUAUGCAAAGACUUCUGGAGUCUGUUGGCCUGUUGACAAACCUGCAAGAGCUGGAAAUCAGCAAUUGCGCGGAUGAAGACCAUCCCAGACAUUUCAGAUUUGCAAGCCCUGCGACAUUUAUGUCUGAGCGGAUGCAGCCAUCUUAUAGAUGCUCCUGGCCUUAG